GGAGGGGGGGCUAUAAGAGCCGGCUGCAGGGGAGCUGUGCACGCGCCGCGGAGGAAGAGGCAGGGUUUGUUGUGGGUUCGUGCAGCGACAAGGACAUGGCUUCCGGUAAGGCUCAAGUUGGCAAACCAGCCCCAGGCUUCCACGCCACGGCCGUGGUGGAUGGAGCCUUCAAAGAGAUCAAACUCUCCGACUACGAAGGUGAGAGACGUGCUGAAGGCUCUGCCAUUAGCGAACAGGCGAUCAGCGCCGCCAAACCUGGGGAGGAGAGAAACACGGGCUUCGAAAUGCCACCCGGCGCCUUCUUGCGAAUGUGGAACCAAACCCUGGUGCCACUCCUGCCUCCCCCUCAGUCUGAGCACUGUCUCAGAUCCUUUGAUUUAAUAUCUAACCUGGAUGUCUGUCUGGUAGUUUGGGGGGGGAGGCGGGGGGAAGAGUCUGGCAGGACCAGCUGCCCGUCAGCCCCUGAUGCUGCGAGCCAGCAGAUGUCUGGCACAAGGUGGGGUGGUGCUGGAGCCCACUUACCUGCUGCAGGCUGGGCUCUGCCCCAGGUGCCCCCUGAGUGGGAAAUGGUGCCCGACGCCCUGAGGCCAGUCCUGUGGCUGCAUCUAGUGGGGAGCCAGUGCUGGGGGCAGAUCUGGAUUUGGGGGUCCCCAUGGCUGGGACUGGGGGUGUACCACAGUGUGGGACUAACCCCCUUGUCUCCCGGUAGGGUGAACACCCCACGGAAGGAAGGGGGGCUGGGCACCAUAAACAUCCCUCUGCUGUCGGAUCUGACCCACAGCAUGGCCGCUGAUUAUGGGGUGCUGAAGGAGGAUGAGGGACUCACCUACAGGGGCCUGUUUAUCAUUGACGACAAGGGCAUCCUGCGGCAGAUCACGAUCAACGACCUGCCGGUGGGGCGCUCAGUGGAGGAGGUGCUGCGUCUGGUGCAGGCGUUCCAGUACACGGACACGCAUGGGGAAGUGUGCCCGGCAGGCUGGCAACCCGGGAGCGAUACCAUCAAGCCUACGGUGAAGGACAGCAAGGAAUACUUCACCAAGCAGCAUUGAGCUCAGGGCAGCAGGUGGAGAAUCUGGUUUACUGUGAAGGCGCCCCCCUCUCCCCCAUUGGAAGGGGAUAUUUGGGGUGGGCGGGGGGGGGGGGGAAUCCAAGAAGCUUGUGACUAAAGUAAGAGUUUGAAAAG